AUAUGAAACACUCAGAGAGACGGAGAAGGAGAGAGAGAUCUAGAGAGGUUUUCUGUUCUUUGGGUGGAGUGGGUGGGUGUUGAGCUAGGCCGGAGAAAAGAGAAAAACAUGGAGGUGGUGUUUCUAACCGUGAAUCAUCUGUUUUGGUCCAUGACGACAGUGGUGGUGGUGGUGGUGGUUGUUAGCUUGGUGAUGUAUGUGUAUAGCAUAUUAUGGUUAAAGCCUGAGAAGCUUCGGGAGAAACUAAGGAUACAAGGCAUAACAGGGCCUCCACCUUGUUUUCUGCGUGGGAAUGUUCCUGAGAUGAAGAGGAUCCAAGCUGGUGUAGCGGCAGCCUCUCCCUCUGCUGCAAAUUCUCCGCACGACUACGCCUCCAUUCUCUUCCCAUAUUUAGAGCAGUGGCGAAAGCAAUAUGGUCAAAUAUACAUGUAUUCAACUGGGACACGUCAACACCUAUUGGUGAACCAUCCCGAUCUAGUAAAAGAAAUGAGCUUGUCGGUAUCCUGGGAUUUGGGCAAGCCUUUAUACAUGGGCAAGACACUUGGGCCUAUGCUAGGCAAUGGCAUUCUAAGGUCCAACGGCAACAUUUGGGCCCACCAAAGGAGAAUUAUUGCACCAGAAUUCUUCAUGGACAAAGUCAAGGGAAUGAUGGAUGUAAUGGUGGAUUCUGCUUUAUCAAUGCUGAAAAAAUGGGAGGAUCGAGUGGAAAUGGAGGGAGGGAUGGCAGAUGUAAAGGUUGACCAAGAUUUGAGAAACUUCUCGGCAGAUGUGAUCUCAAGAACUUGUUUCGGGAGCUCCUAUUUGAAAGGCAAAGAGAUUUUCUCUAAGCUCAGGGCUCUACAAGUCACCCUGUCUAAGCAAGGUUUCCUUUUCUGGGGCCCUGCCUAUAGAAAUCUUCCAACAAAGAGAAACAGAGAGAUAAGGAGAUUGGAAAGACAGAUCGAAUCAUUGAUACUGAAGGUAAUAAAGGAACGAAAGGAAGAAGCAUCCUUAUUGGGUUCAUCAGCAAAGAAAGAUCUAUUAGAAAUGAUUCUGGAAGGUGCCAUUAAUGGCGAUGGUCAUCAUGAUACUACUUCAAUUCCAUGUAAUCGUUUCAUAGUAGAUAACUGCAAGAACAUCUACUUUGCUGGUCAUGAGAGCACUGCAGUUGCCGCUGCAUGGUGCCUGAUGUUGUUGGCAUUAUAUCCUCAGUGGCAAGACCGCGUGCGUGCAGAAGUUGUACAAAUUUGCGGGGAUCAUCGUCCCCUCGAUGCUGAUGCACUGCAAAAGAUGAAGACGAUGAAGAUGGUGAUUCAGGAGACAUUACGUCUCUACUCUCCAGCGCCAUUCCUAGCGAGGGAGGUAUUCCAAGACACGAAGAUAGGGCAUAUCGUCGUCCCCAAAGGCGUACACUUGUGGACUCUAAUCCCAACAUUGCACAGGGACCCAGAUAUCUGGGGAGAGGAUGCCCAUGAGUUUAAGCCAGACAGGUUCAGCAACGGCAUCUCCGAGGCUUGCAAGCUUCCGCAAGCGUAUGUACCAUUUGGAGUUGGUGCAAGAAUGUGUUUGGGCCGCAACUUUGCCAUGGUUGAGUUGAUGGUAGUCCUCUCUCUCAUCAUCUCCAACUUUUCUUUCUCCCUCUCUCCUACAUAUCGCCAUUCCCCUUCUUAUAGAAUGAUUUUAGAGCCCGAAUAUGGUGUGCACCUUCUCAUACGCAAAAUAUGAGACUCCUCACUCGCUACUACUCACUAGAUAUGCAUUUUACUUUGCCUCCCUCCCUCCAUCACUCAGUUGUUGGACUUGGGCUUUUGGAUACACACACAGGACACAGCUGGUCAGGCCCAGCCUAUCAUUUUCA